AUUCCCUUGGGAAGCCAAGGGUUGGCCUCCCCAAGAGACACACGAUGGCAAACAACAGUCAUGCCCAACUUGGAAAACUCCUUGAUCCUCACAGCCUACAUCAUCAUCUUCCUCACUGGUCUCCCUGCCAACCUCCUGGCGCUGCGGGCCUUCGUGGGGCGCGUCCGCCAGCCCAACCCGGCACCCAUCCACAUCCUCCUGCUCAGCCUGACGCUGGCGGACCUCCUGCUGCUGCUGCUAUUGCCCUUCAAGAUGACGGAGGCCGCGUCUGACUUCCACUGGUACCUGCCUGAGCUAGUCUGUGCCCUCACGGGUUUUGGCUUCUACAGUAGCAUCUACUGCAGCACGUGGCUCCUGGCGGGCAUCAGCAUCGAGCGCUACCUGGGAGUGGCUUUCCCCGUGAAGUACAAGCUGUCCCGCCGGCCUGUGUAUGGAGUGAUUGCUUCCCUGAUCUCCUGGAUCAUGUCCUUUGGUCAUUGCACCUUGGUGAUCAUCGUUCAGUACUCGAACUCAACCCAGAGGGCCACAAAUGCGAGUAGCAUAACCUGCUAUGAGGACUUCACCGAAGAGCAGCUGAAAGUGGUGCUUCCCAUGCGGCUGGAGCUGUUCCUCGUCCUCUUCUUCAUCCCCAUGGCGGUCACCAUCUUCUGCUACUGGCGCUUUGUGUGGAUCAUGCUCACGCAGCCCCACGUGAGGGCCCAGAGGCGGCGUCGAGCUGUGGGGCUGGCUGUGGUGACCCUCCUUAAUUUCCUGGUGUGCUUUGGGCCAUAUAACAUAUCCCACCUGGUGGGGUUCCACAUGAAGGCAAGCCCCAAGUGGCGGGCAGAAGCUGUGGUACUGAGUUCCCUCAAUGCCAGUCUGGACCCCUUGCUUUUCUAUUUCUCUUCUUCAGUCGUGCGCAGGGCCUUUGGAAAAGGGUUGCAGGCACUGCGGCAUCAGGGCUCCUCCCUGCUGGGACGCAGAGGCAAAGAGACAGCAGAAGUGGCGAAUGUGGACAGGGGUGUGAGUCAAACAGAGGGAGCGCCGAGUUCUGACUUCACCACGGACUAA